GCAGUGUGAUGGCUGGUGGGGUGCUAUGUCACCCUGAUUUUCCAAUUUUUGUAGCAAAACAUUUAGUAGUGAAGGUUCUUAUUUUUGAUGUUACAACUCCAAUAUUAGUUGGUUCUCAGUUGGAGUUUCACAUACACCACGUGAAGGAGGUGGCUAGAGUUGUAAAGAUACUGUCGUUGCUCGAUUCAAAGACGGGCAAGGUGGCAAAGAAGGCCCCUCGUUGUCUUACUGUGAAACAGAGUGCUAUUGUUGAGGUAACUUCAAAUCCAGUUUCUCUUUUUUUUUUUUAUUACGGAAGUGGAACCACUUAGGCUAAGCCUAAGACCACUUCAAAUCCAAUCUCUUAACAAUAAAUAACUGAAGAUUGUUUUUAACAUAUUUU